AUGCAUUGGGCUCUUCCCAACCCCAUUGCAACCCUUCUUACUGGUAUCGCAUUGGUGACCAACGCCCAUUCCAAGCAAAGACAUGUCAUCUGUCUAAAAAAGGACUGGAUGAACGGGCGGUACGUGCCUGCCCGGAUGUGCAUUCUGCCUUAUCACUUGCAGCUCAUUCUAUAUCCGUCUGUCUACCUCAGCAUGCAAUCGACCCAAAUCGUCUGCGCCUCGCUGCCCGGGCCCAUCGCCCACAAGCUCAUCAAAAGACCCUCUAGGCGUCUAGUCCUGUACGGAGUCCUGUUCGUCGUGUUAGUCUUUGUUCUCUACCACGCCCGACUGCAGAGCUCCAGCGAUCAGGUUCGGGAGAGCCUCAGGGACGCGUCACUGUAUAUCCUGGGGUACACGCGGUACGACUUCAAGCCAACCCUGAUCGAGCAGCAAUGUUUCGACGGUGCGGCGGACCGCAUCAACGCCAACAACCUGACUGACGCGAUCCCAGAGACAAUACACUUCAUCUGGACUGGGAACAGUGAGAUCACGUUCAAGCUGUACCUCGCCGUCCGCGCCGCCCUGGUCUCGGCCGGGAUCCCCGACAUACGCCUGCACCACGACACGCCCCUCAACAGCGCCAACGCCUGGCUCCGCCUCCUACGGCCAGACCUGACGCUCGUCCCCUUCGAGACCAGGGACUACCUGGCCGGGGUGGCCCAGCACCACCCGGAGGCGUGGACCCCGUCGCACCAGACGGACGCGAUGCGGCUGCACGUGAUGCUCGCGCACGGCGGCGUCUACCUCGACUCGGACGCGUACGUCCUCAGGCCGCUGGCGAGCCUCCUGCGGGGCGCGCGCGACGUCUACAUGGGCUACGAGGGCGGGAACCGGAUGGGGCUCUGCGACGGCGUGAUACUGGCCAAGGCGGGCGCGCCCUUCAUCGCGCGCCGGCUGGGCGAGUACGCCACCUUUGACGACGGCAACUGGAACUACCACUCCGUGCUCGCCGCGCGCCACCCCGAUGAGAUCUGCACGCUGAGCCCGAGCGCCUUCUUCUGGCCGCUCUGGGACCGCGCCGCGGUGGACUGGAUGCACGCGCCGCUGGGCGGGGGGGGAGGCUGCGGCGGUGGAGGCGUGGGUUGUAACCAUGGUACAGCUUCAGAGAAGGUUGAUCACAAGCAAAAAGAGCGGCCCUAUGUCAUCAGGCCAACUCGUUCAUGCCCACGGAAGCCCUCCAAUGUUAUUGCUAGUAGUGAUCAAUGGAAUUAUUGGAUUGAAUGGCCCGGGGCUUGGAAAGGCGAAAAUCCCCCCUUUGCACAAGGCCUGGACAAGAGCAACACCAUCACCAUGGAGCAGCCGAGCAUGGCACCUACCGUCAGCAACAACGACGCCAACGACGCGACCGCCACAGGCAACGGGCCUGAGCCAAAGUCCAAGGGCCAUGGAGCAGGCAGGUCAGAGGCAAGCACAACGUUUACACCCUCUCACCAUCGACACCCAGUAAAGUCUCUUCAUGCGGAGGCAAGGCAGAAACUGACAACGAAAAAAAAACAAAAAACAGUCCAGCGCACAUACACGGCCCAGGCAGAUCUCACCCAAGAGGCCAUCGUCCUGCUGGAGACCAUCAGGGACACCCUGGCCAACUACAAGACCCUGGUGGGCUACCUCUCCGGCAACAGCCCCGAUGUCCUCGGCCCCUUUGGGUCCCAGGUGGCCAGGCUGGCCGCCACCACGACCUACCUCAUCAGCAUCCUGGGCCCUAGCAUCCUCGCCGCCAGGGCGGUCCCCACCGCCAGCGGGGAGUACGCCCUCCUCCGCCGUCUUAAGAUACAGGCCGGGCAGGAUGAGGCUGUCGCGCAGCUGCGCCAUCUUCUGGCGCUGAGGGCGGAGGGCGGGGGUGCCACGCCCUUGGCUUUCGAGCCGUCCGUUGACUUCGAUCCCAUUCCGUGCCCGAGACAAAGCCACUAUCAAAAUGUGGCCAACGUCAACACCGAUUUUCGUUAA